AUGGCUCAGCCAAAGCACUUGGGAGGACUAGGCUUCAAAAAUAUAGAAGAUUACAAUGAUAUCCUCUUGGCGAAGCUAAGCUGGCGGAUUCUCUCCAAACCUGAGUCUCUUCUUGCAAGGGUAUUAAAAGGAAAAUACUUCCCUGACUCCUCCAUUAUGGAAAGCUAUGAAAAAUCAGGUUCCUCCCAUGGGUGGACAAACAUAAUGGCUGGAAAAGCAGUUUUAGACAAAGGCGUUGGAUACUUAGUGGGGAAUGGAAACGUUAUCAGAGUUUGGUCAGACCCUUGGCUCUCCACGAUAAAACCAUUUGUGCCUAUUGGACCUCCAACCUUUGCUAAUCAAAAUCUGCUGGUAAAGGACCUUCUGGAUCAAUGCUCCAAUGAUUGGGAUUUGGAGAAAAUUCGACUACAUUUACCUCACUAUGAGGAAGAUAUCAGACUACUCAUCCCAGAGAACCUCUGGGAGAAGGCUCCAAUUGUGCAGCUUGGUGUAGCUGGCCAGAUUAAUGAAUCUAUGAAGGAAUGGUUGUCAAGGGUGGAAAGCACAAGAAUUGGAGGUAUGGGGUGGAUCAUAAAGAACGAGACAGGUGAAGUGCUCUGUCGGGGCUCUACUAAUCAACCUUUUGUCUGCUCGGCCUUAAUGGCGGAAGCUCUGGCCAUUUGUGAAGCCCUCUCAAAAGCAAAAGACUUCAACCUUCGAAGUCUACAACUAUUCUCGGACUCGCAAGUCCUCGUAUCUGCUCUGCGUUCAGAGCUGGAAGUGAAUGAGAUUGCAGGUGUCUUACAUGAUAUUAGGAACCUUGCCACUCUCUUCUGUCCUUUAUCUUUUCGUUUUAUUCCUCGUCUUGAAAAUCGUCAAGCUGAUGCUUUGGCAAGUUCAGGUCUUGAACGCUUUAAUGGUGUUAAUGUUGUGUAA